AUGUCUCGCUCCAACGUCAUCGUCCUUGACAAUGGUACCGGGUACACCAAGAUGGGUUUCGCGGGCAACUCGGAUCCAUCCUUUGUCUUCCCCACCGCCAUCGCAACGCGCACCACCGCCGCUGGCUCUUCUGGCGGUGCCGGGUCCCGCCCCAACGUCCCCUCCAAACCAGGCGGACUCUCCACCUCCUCCUCGCUCGCCUCAAAGCGCGGCAUCGAAGACCUCGAUUUCUUCAUCGGAGACGAAGCCUAUGCCAACGCCAAAACCUACCAAGUCGACCAACCCAUCCGUCACGGUCUCAUCGAAAACUGGGACCACAUGGAACGCUUUUGGGAACAGUGCAUCUUCAAAUACCUCCGCGCCGAACCCGAGGAUCACUACUUUAUGCUCACCGAACCGCCUCUCAAUCCACCCGAGAACCGCGAAAACACCGCCGAGAUCAUGUUCGAGUCGUUCAAUAUCAAGGGCUUGUACAUUGCGGUGCAGGCUGUACUGGCGCUGGCGGCUUCGUGGACGAGCAACAAGGUGACCGAUCGUACCUUGACGGGUACCGUGAUCGAUUCCGGUGAUGGUGUGACGCACGUGAUUCCCGUGGCGGAGGGCUAUGUCAUCGGUUCUGCCAUCAAGCAUAUUCCGAUCGCCGGUAGGGAUAUCACCUACUUUGUUCAACAGUUGCUGCGCGAACGCGGUGAAGCAGCCAACAUCCCACCGGAGGAUUCGAGGAGGGUGGCAGAGAAGAUCAAGGAGGAUUACUCGUACGUCUGCCAAGACAUCGUCCGCGAGUUCCGACGAUACGACGAGGACCCCUACAAGUACUUUGAAAGGUUCGAGGGCGAGCACACCGUCACCGGCCGAAAGUACUCGGUCGACGUCGGCUACGAGCGUUUCCUCGCACCCGAGAUCUUCUUCAACCCGGAAAUCGCCUCCUCCGACUUCCUCACUCCUCUCCCCGAGGUAGUCGACGGCGUCAUCCAGCAGUCGCCCAUCGACGUCCGUCGCGGCCUCUACAAGAACAUCGUCCUCAGCGGUGGCAGCACCAUGUUCCAGCACUUUGGUCAGAGGCUCAAGAAGGAUCUCCGCAGCAUUGUCGAUAGGAGGUUGGCGGCGAGCGAAAGCGCCAGUGGAAGCCUGAUGAGGAGCAGCGGGUUGGAGGUGAAUGUCGUCAGCCACAAGAUGCAGCGCUACGCCGUGUGGUACGGUGGAAGCCUGUUGGGCAGUCUGCCGGACUUCUACAGCUAUUGCUACAACAAGCAGGAUUACGAGGAGCACGGUCCGUCGAUUGUUAGGAAGUUUAGUGUUUUUGGAAGUGUGUAG